AUGGCCACCGAAGCAGAAAUCCUCGCCUCCUACCCCCAGGUAUCGGCACCCUCCGAGAUCCCCGGUUACACCUCCAACUUGACCGAGGAACAGAAGACCAAGUUGGCGCUUUUCAGAAAGUAUCUCUCCGAGCAAGGCUACACCCAAAGAUUGGACGAUGCCAGCUUGCUCCGUUUCUUGAGAGCCCGUAAGUUCGACGUGGAGAAGGCCAAGGAGAUGUUUGUCAACUGUGAGACCUGGAGAAAGGCGGAGGGCGUGGAUACCAUCUUGAAGGACUUCCACUACACCGAGAAGCCCCUCGUGGCUAAGAUGUACCCCCAGUACUACCACAAGACCGACAAGGACGGCCGUCCUGUGUACUUCGAGGAGUUGGGUAAGGUGUACUUGCCAGACAUGUUGAAGAUCACAUCCCAGGAGCGUAUGUUGAAGAACUUGGUGUGGGAGUAUGAGCUGUUCACCACUUACCGGUUGCCCGCCUGUUCGAGAAAGCAGGGCUGUUUGGUGGAGACUUCAUGCACCAUUAUGGACUUGAAGGGAAUUUCCAUUGGAUCUGCUUAUCAAGUGGUUGGAUACGUGAAGGAGGCCUCCAAGAUUGGUCAGGACUACUACCCGGAGCGCAUGGGUAAGUUCUACUGUAUCAAUGCACCAUUUGGGUUUGCCACUGCAUUCAAGGUGUUCAAGGGUUUCUUGGACCCCGUCACGGUGUCGAAGAUCAACAUCUUGGGCUCGUCCUACAAGAAGGAGUUGCUCAAACAGAUCCCCGCAGAGAACUUGCCUGUGAAGUACGGAGGCACUUCGGAUGUCACUGACGAUGACUUGUACUUGAAGGACUUCGGUCCUUGGAGAGAUACCGAGUACAUUGGCCCCGAGGGCGAGGCUCCACGUGCAUUUUCCUAG